GCCUGGCGGAGUCGCGCCGCCUGCCUGGUGGUGAGGAGGCCGCUGUGGCGUCGCGGCUUCCCUUCGGCUCUUCCCGCGAGAGGAGCGGGCUGACACCGCGGCCCAGGAGGCAGGGAGGCCCACCGCGUACGUUGCCCCGACUCCCCACCGCGGCGCCCAUCAUGAAGGAGGACAAGGAGAACGCCAGGCCGAAGGAGAAGCGGGCAGGGCCCCUCGCUCCCACCGGCCUCCGAGCAGCCAUGGCCGGGGCGGACGCCAAGGCGGGCGGGGAGCCCGACCGCCUCGAGAGGCCCAAAGACAAGAAAGAGACGCUCAGUAAGGAUGAAACAUUUUUCUUUAAGGUAGUGAUUCGACGCCUCCCUCCCAGCUUGACCAAGGAACAGCUUGAAGAACAUCUCCAGCCGCUGCCAGAACACGAUUAUUUUGAAUUCUUUUCAAAUGACUCUAGUUUGUAUCCUCACAUGUUUUCCAGAGCAUACAUCAACUUUAAAAACCAAGAAGACAUAGUUCUGUUCAGGGAUCGCUUUGAUGGUUAUGUUUUUAUUGAUCACAAAGGUCUUGAAUAUCCCGCCAUCGUGGAAUUCGCCCCGUUUCAAAAAGCAGCCAAAAAGAAGAGUAAGAAAAAGGAUGCCAAAGCUGGAACCAUUGAUGAUGAUCCAGAAUAUAAGAAGUUUUUAGAAAGCUACAGUGCUGAUGAUGAAAAAUUAACAUCUACCCCCGAGACCUUAUUAGAAGAAAUAGAGGCAAGAAAUAAAGAAUUAAUAGCCAAAAAGACAACUCCUCUGUUGAACUUCCUGAAGAAUAAGCAGAGGCUUAGAGAAGAGAAACGAGAGGAAAGGAGGAGGCGGGAACUAGAGAGGAAAAGACAAAGGGAAGAAGAAAGAAGGAAGUGGAAAGAAGAAGAAAGAAGAAAGCGAAAAGAAGCUGAAAAAACAAAAAAAGUAGAAAGGUGUCCAGAGAAAGAAAGGGACAAAUCAAAGGAUGAACCAAAGAUUAAGCUACUUAAGAAGCCGGAAAGGGAGGAAAGAGAUUUUGAAAAAAAGGAAAAAGCCAAGAGACCGGAGAAAGAGAAUCUGAGGGAGGACAAGACCGCCAGCCCAAUCGGCAGCGUGCCAGCCAAGCGCUCUGAUGGCGAAGUUAAAGAGGAAAAGACAAAAAAAAUUGUCUACCCAUUGCAAUUUGAAGACGAGUGCGGGAAAGACUACUGGGAAAGAGAAUACGACCGCGAUCGAGACUACGAGAGGAUUCAGCGGGAUAAACUCCGGCGCCAGGAGGAAGACCGCCGGCGGCAGAAAGAACGCUUCGAGAAAGAGAAAGUUUUCCGGAGGAAAGAGGACGACGUGAAAAGGGAACGAGACUCCUUGCGAGAAAAAGGGAAAAGAGCCGACUUCGUGGAAUACGUGGGCAACCCAGAGAAAACUGAGAAAGGGACCAAGGAGGACAAAAGAGACGAUUUGGCCAAGAAAGACCGGAUUCGGAACAAGGAUCGGCCCGCCAUGCAGCUCUACCAGCCCGGAGCCCGGAGCCGAAGCCGCCUGUCCGCGUACGACGAAAGCUCUCCCAAGCCAUGCGACCAAGGGGCAGAUAAAAAGCCGGAGGGCGAGGCUUGUAACUUGAAAGAAGAGGUGUGACGGCCUCACCUGCACUCGCCCAAACUAGCAGCCAAAGAGGAUGAACUGUACAGUCCAGAAGUGCCUUGGGGGGGAAGAGGAGAGAGGAGAGGAAACUAUGCUUUGGGACGUACCUGGUUUCCAAGCCAUGUGCAGAGUCAAAAACCCAACCUUGUGUGCAACCGGCGCAUUCUCUGUUGAAGAGAUCACAGCAGCAGCAGCCUCAGAAGAGGAAGGCGAGGGGCUCCCUGCAGCCCAGUAACAAGCACUGUCUUUGAAAUAAUAAAACCCACCAAAACAGUGUUUGCACGUCAAAUCCAGUCCUUGGGAUCCGCCCCAGGGUGAUUUAAGGUUGGAUCACGGCGGUCCCAGAAUCCGCCCAAUUGACUGGAGCAGGAGCCAAACGCCGUCGAUAACGUUUAGUCGCGAGAGAGCCUGUCUCUCUCUCUCUCUUUUUUUCUUUUUCUUUUGCUUCUCACAAGCGAAUGGCAAAAAAACGAAUUAUUUUUCAGAGGGUAGCUUUGCGUUUGGCUCUGCUUCGCGGGUGGUUGGUGCAGCCUGAACGAGAGCGCUGACAAUUAGACGCGGAUAUUUUUCCCCCUCCUUU